CAGAGACAAGGAACCGGAGCUACAAAUGGAAAAGACAAGGCAACUGGCGAGAAUGAUGGGCAGAAGAAGGUUCAAGAGGAAUUUGACAUAGACAUGGAUGCGCCAGAGACAGAGCGGGCGGCUGUGGCGAUACAGUCCCAGUUCAGAAAAUUCCAGAAGAAAAAAGCGGGGUCCCAGUCUUAGUAGCUACCUCACAGCUUAAAUCAAAGUAAUCCUGAAAUGAUUUAUCAAGAAAAUCAGAAAUAAAGAUGCAUGUACAGAAGUUAUCAAUAUUUAAAAAAAACCCAUUGGCAGAUAACAAGCCAUGAGCUUGUGUGUGACUUCAUCCCAGAUGCUUCACACCCAUUAUCCUCUGUAACACACCAUUUUACUUGAUGUUGUAAUAAAAAGUUAGGGUGAAGUAAUUAAAGUGUCUGCUUUCAUCUGUCUUUUCAUAUUAAUCUAUCAGCUACAGUGUUACAAAUAAACCCAGGCCAGAUGCCUGUUUUCAGGUAAAGCUUGGAGAUGUAACAUCACUGUAUGUUACAAGUUCUUGCUGAGGGAUGACAGCAUGCACCUCAGCCCUGCUUACCUCAUUUGGAGAAUUCCAGCUGCCAGCCUAAUGUGACAAUAAAAUUGUUUUCUGGUAAUGAGCUGAAAGUAAGAAGUUGCAGACAGAAGCUGCCAUGAGGUGAAGAGGUGUAGGAAGCGGUGAGCAGUUUAUUGUUGUCUUGCAAUUAUGCCAAUAAAAGUGGUUUAAGUGGGGAAGUUGUCCCUGUCCUUCCUCUUUGCAUGAUAAUGUUCAGAAGUACCCAGCUUGGACCACAUUGGCUCUUAUGGAAAAAUAAUAACAAUCAGACAGAAAAUACAUAACCCAAUUCCAGAAACUUUAGGUAGGUUGAUUUUUUUUAACCUGUAAAAAUAGAAACUGACCCUCUAAACUCUUUUUGAUGCAGCUUUUUAUUCUCUACAUAAUAAAUAACUAUAUGCCAUCCCUCUCGUUCAUAUUUUCAGUAUUUGAUGAGUAAAUCAUAACAGACUCUCCAUCUCUAUUUUCACUGUUCUGUAUUCAGCUUUAAUGAGCCCCUUACUUUAACACUGUAUUAGCCCAGUUUUUGAUUAACAAAAAGCAGUCACAAGAAUGUCUGUCUUAAUUUGGGAAAUAUUUCUGGUUUUUCCCUGUUGUAAAACAGUAAAAGACCAGUUUCAGGCUCGAUCAAAGUAGGGAACUUGCCUGGCUCCAGACCUGAUCAGGAAUUGGCUACCCAUAUAGUGCAUGAGGGUGGUUCAGAAAAGGUUUAAACAAGGUCUUUGUACUCAGAAAAAGGAGCUACUUAGAUUGAGCAAGUGGGACACGCACUACAUAGAGAUGAGUAAAAAAAAUCUUAUUCUCUUCUUGGCUUCAUCAGCAGAUUUAGGGUUGCAGUAGGCAUCUUUAUCUCUAGGGAAGUCAGAGACAGAAGCAUUUUUCUGAAGGACUGGUGUUUGCAGUGGUUCUCCAAGGCAGCAGUAUGAGCCUCACCUCCAGGCUGACAGAGGUAGGUGUGCUGAGUGGUGACAGUCUGCCUGCAUUUAACAGCCUGGAGCUGGGUCUCCUUCAGGUGUGAGAUAUUCAGGUAUAAUUCCCAGCUCUGCCUGGAGGGAUUAAUUUAUUUCUCUCCCACCUUCAAGAGUAUUCUGAUCACCAGGGCAAAGGAGUCGUGUAUCACUGUCCCCUCAUAUAAACAGAAAGCUAUGACCAAGGGGUAGGAAUAGGGGGAAAGGAAGGAUCUCACACAGCUGCUUCUAUGAGAGCCCACCAUAGCAGCAGUCCUGAGGGGCUGCAGGCCUCUAAAGGGAAGGCCCUCAGCCUUAUGCAGGUUAAGGCACUUUUGCUGGGCAACAAUUUAGUGAGGACCACAAACCUGAAGGUGGAUGAUAGGAGCUCUGGCACCGUGCUGAUUAGGAGGAGCCCUCAAAGAUGCCGAGCAGAGGAAGACUUAUAGAUCCUGUGGGCAGUGUAGAAGGCAUAUGCAGAGAAAACGUGUGAGGUACGAGGUACUUUGUAAGCAUGGCAAGACUGGGUGGGAAUGGACAGGGCUUUUUAGAUCUUAGUUUAGAGAUAAACAUCUAAAUGCUGCCCAGACCCUGCCUUGGGCACCUCUGUGUCAGGUCCCAGCCAUAUGCAUGACUUACCCACACAUCACCUGCAAAGUCAAGAGUUUUCCAAGCUGCAGCUCAGAGCUUUCACUGUAGGAGAACAUUUUAGCAGCACUGUUUCUCCUCUUUUAGGAACUGCACAAAUAAACCUCAAAUACCCCUGCUGCUGUGUUCAACGUGUGGUUUGUGGAGGCCACGGAUUCCCCACUUGACUUUCACAGAGACUGCUCACCAUAUAAUAAUCACCUUAGCAUAAUAAUUUAAAAGUUGUAAUGGGUUUGGAUUGUGUUGGUGUCAUUUUGUUUAGAUGAACAUAUAUCUGUAAUAAAGGACUGCAUCUGUGUUCUGCAUUAUGUCAUUUGAAAUAGUGUGAGCUCUGUAAUGGCUACUUAAUUGAAUAAAAGCUGUGGGUAAGCACUAGG